AUAGAUUUUAAAUAUUAAUAUUUGUUUAAAAUGACAGUGAAAAAGUAUGAAGCGUACGAAGACAGAUCAAUUAUGAGAAUAAGACAAGCAAAUAAUCUUAUAACACACAAGUGCAACUAAUUGUUAUUUUGGACUCGUACAUUUCAUUAACGAAAGGUCCUGGAUUGUGUUUUGAUAGGACUAAGACAAUUCGAAGCGACUAAUCACAAUACAAAGUAUCUUGAGGUGUUCUCGUCACAUUCCUUGACGCUGCUUGGAUACAGUUAGAUUCAGGUUGUCAACAAUGAUGGAGAUUCCCCAAGCGAGGCUCAAAUGGAUGUGGUUUUGUAUUGCGAUUGUCGCCUAUCUGGCGCUAGAAACUUCAAGUGCUGAAUUGAGCAAAGAAAAAAUUGAAAAAAUUAUUAAAAAAUUAAGCGACUAUGAGAAAAAACAAAAAAUAAACGAAGAUGGAAUUAAAGUAGCAUUGGCUGGGGUAAACGCACCGACAACCACAACCAAAAAGCCACCGAAGGUAAAAAAGGAGAAGAAGCAAAAGGACCGAAAAGAUAACUCUGUCGACGAGGAGAGCUUUCCAGAUCUAUUACGGAUUCCGGACUUUACAUUUGGAGAUGACGUUUCCGUUUGUGCUAAUUUGGUUAUUGUACUUGACAUAUCCUGUUCGAUCUCGAAGGGAAUGAGAACGCGGAUACGAGACACGGCUAAAAUGGUCGCUGAAGCCAUACUCGCAGACCCCAGAAACGAUAUCAACAUCGGUCUAAUCGCAUACAGCAAAGAUGUCCAUCAUAUAAUAUAUCUAAACAACACGUUCAGCCAAAAUGAGCUAGUAGAUGCAAUAGAAAACUCUCCAAUAACCGGCACUGCAUGCCGUACACAAACAAAUGAGGCACUUGACGAUGCUAACAACUUUUUCUUCAAAACGCGUGAUCCCAACGACCCCAAGGCUCAGAUUCUUUACUUAUUCACUGACGGCUUCACUUAUAAAAGAGUGUUGAUUCCUGAUACUGUCGCAAAAGCUAAAGUGCUCAAAGAUGCUGGGGUGAUCCUUAACGUUAUACAAGUUCCCCAUAAACGAGGAAAAACCGACACAGACGAGUUCCAAACCCUACCAAGUCCUGACCGCCAUUUUAAAAUCGAUUCUGACAUGGUCGCCGUUGACCUGUACGAGAAGAUGUCACUAGAUGCGCCUUGUGAACCGUUCUAUGGAGAGUAUUAGCAUAGACAGAGGCUUGCUGUUGAGAACCCUGGAUGAUAGUAAUGUUGACAACAUAAUGUGGACAACAACCUAGGCUUAACAUAUGAGCUUUUGUAACAUCAUUUGAAUUUGUUGAAUGCAUCUCCAUGACAUUAUGUCGUGCUUCUUAUGAACUAAUGAUUAACAAAUAUUGAAACAAUAAAGAUCAAAAUCAAUGACAUUUGUAUGGUAUAAUUAUCUCUUAUACUUGCUUAUACAUGUACAAUGUGUGUACUAUUAAAAUAUGAAUAAUGUCACGAUAGUAAAUAACAGUUAUCUUGAUCAAGUUGUGUUACACUCGCUUGCGUAAGUUUGGAAACCAGACGUUUUCAUUUGGUAGCAUAUCAAAGCCUGUCAAUCUUAA